AUGCGAGUUAGUGGUUGCCUUCACGCAUACCACUACAUCCACCCCAAAAGCGGCCGCCCGAUCCGCCAGUUCCGCAAGUACGGCGAUCCUCGUUAUAUCAACAACGAAGUCUCUCUCAUUCACGGCCUUUUUGGGCUCAUUACGACGGACUUUGGCAUGGUCACGCACUCCCAGCUGGAAAAUGCACGGCUGGCGAUUUUACGCCGGAUGCCGCGUGGGGCCUUUGCGCUGACGAUGCACACCGAUUAUGAGGAAUUUCCCGUCGUGAAGAAGAGCCCGGAGUCGCGUAUGGGGGCGGGAAAGAGUAAUAUUCAUCAUUUCGCGUACAAAUUCACAACGGGGAUUCUGCUUUUUGAGAUCAUGCCGCUUUCAUCCCGGCGGCUUAAUCAGGCCGAGGCGGAGGGGAUCUUUCUUGGAGGGCGGUCGUUUAUUCCGCUCCAGACGGCGGUCGUACCCCGCGGACGCGUUGAUGAGUACACCGUAUUUAAAUAA